AUGCCACCUUCUCGUUCGACAAGAGAUUCAGUGAGGUUCGACCCCUCAGCGUCGCGUCGCCGCGCCCGGGGCACACAAUCAGCUGAAGUCAUCGACAUCUCUUCCGAUGAAGACGACAAUGAUGAUGAGGUUAUUGUUAUAUCUUCCGACGAUGACGACGAUGGCGCGUAUACCAAAGUUGUAUCGCAGAAUACGAAGAGAUUCAAGAAAGUCACACCAGUAUCGCGCGUAUCAACUCACAAGACACGCACCACUUCAAAGAUAAACACCAGUCCAAAGAUACACACCACUCCAAAGAUACAUACCACUCUAAAGACACACACCACUCUGAAGACACACACCACUCCAAAGAAAUGCGCUGCCCCCGCCUCUCUGAAGCAACGACCAGUCACUGUCGCAAGAAUUCUCGCUGGCGAUUUUGGUGAUUCAAAGAGGUGGACGUUUGGCCUGCCGGAACCUAACUUCAUGGAUGUUGAGAAGAUGGUGGAAGACACGCGUCCUUACCUGAAGGAUUUUUCGCGGGCAGAAUUGGCAGCUAAGAUAGCUCGCAUGCGAGCGAUAGAUCCCAAGGUGUACGGGGCUCAUCCUGACAAGAACGAUCGCACCGUUCGUUAUACGCACGUCGAGCGGUACCCCGGCGGCCCCGUCUGGUUCACCAUUCGGUGGUGGUAUGGAAAGAAUUUCGGCAACUUCUUCGAUCUAGUCGACGUUGCAACACAAAAGCUCUUCCUUCCACAUCGUGAUCUCCCUGAUCUCUUCGUCCAGGUCGAGUUCCUGGAAAAUAAUCACGAAGGCAUAGAGCAACGAGAUACCCGCUACACUAUGCUGCCGGCAGGAGCAUUGUACCGUUCAUCGUCAGUCGCACCAGGGAUCUUCUUCACACCUCGAGAACGACGCGCAGCCUCUUCCAUGGUGCAUACGGGCAUCAUGCCACCGAGGGUUCUGCCAAAUGGGAAGAGGGUGCCCGUUGCGGACGUCGAUUCUCCUCGAUAUCGCCGACCUGCGCCCUUAGGGCCACAACCUCCAACAUUUUCACCCUUCGAUCCUUGA